AUGCAGCUUGGCCAAGACAAUGACUCAGACGUAAAGAGAGCCAAACCGCAAUGUGUAAAUUGUGGUGCAACAAAGACACCUUUAUGGAGAAGAGAUGCGAAUUUUGAACUUCAAUGCAAUGCAUGUGGAUUGUAUGAGAAACUUCACAAAGCACCAAGACCGAAAUCCCUCAAACAAAGGAGAAACGAACGAAAGAAUCUUACAAAUCCCAAUUCGUCACCUGAUCAUCAAGGUGCGGCAUGUGCCAAUUGCGGAACAUCCACAACUCCGCUAUGGCGUAAAGAUCGUGAAGGCAGAAUCAUCUGCAAUGCAUGCGGAUUGUACUACAAACUACACAAUUCACAUCGGCCGGUAACGAUGCGAAUGGAUGCAAUUAAAAGAAGAUCACGG